CACGUAGCUCGUGUGUUUUACUGUUCCAUAGAUUUUUUGCCAGUCAGCCGUCGUUCAAUUGUUGAUAUAAAAAUUUCUCUCCCAGAUUCAAAAUGGCAAUAGAUCUAUAUCGAACCGAAGCAUCCGCUUCAUGCACAACAGUGCAGCUAGUGGCUGCGGCUUUAGACCUCAAAUUGAACCUCAUCGAUUUGGAUAUGCAAGGCUCAGACCACCUUAAACCGGAAUUCCUCAAGAUGAACCCUCAACACACUAUCCCAACCAUAGUGGAUGACGGGUUCGCCUUGUGGGAGUCCCGGGCUAUUGCCAGGUACUUGGUCAACAAGUAUGGCAAAGACAGCACCCUGUAUCCCACGGAUAUCAAACUCAGAGCUUUAGUCGACCAACGACUCGACUUUGAUUUGGGAACCUUGUAUACCAGAUUUGCUCAGUUUCUUUUUCCUCAAUUUAUGGGAGCACCGGCCGAUGAAGCUCUAGGGAAGAAGCUUGAUGGAGCUCUUGAGGUCCUGAACGCGCUCCUGGAAGGCAACGUGUAUGCCGUCGGGAAGCACCUCACCAUCGCGGACUUGAGUCUCGUCUCCACCGUGUCCUAUCUGGAAGCUGCUGGCAUCAGCCUGAAAGAAUAUCCUAAUCUUUUGAAGUGGUAUGAUCUAGUAAAAUCGUCGGCACCACAGUAUGAAGAAUUAACCGAAAAACCGAAAGCUCUCGUGAGAGAUUUGUUCGCUAAAAUAAAGGCUAAACAGGCGUCGUUGCAGCUAGUGGCUGCGGCUUUAGACCUCAAAUUAAACCUCAUCGAUUUGGAUAUGCAAGGCUCAGACCACCUUAAACCGGAAUUUCUCAAGAUGAACCCUCAACACACGAUACCUACCAUAGUGGAUGAUGGGUUCGCCUUGUGGGAAUCCCGGACCAUCGCCAGGCACUUGGUCAACAAGUAUGGUAAAGACAGCACCCUGUAUCCCACGGAUGUCAAACUCAGAGCUUUGGUCGACCAGAGACUAGACUUUGAUUUGGGAACCUUGUAUACCAGAUUUGCGCAGUUUCUUUAUCCUCAAGUCAUGGGAGCUCCAGCCGAUGAAGCUCUAGGGAAGAAACUUGAUGGAGCUCUUGAGGUCCUGAACGCGCUCCUGGAAGGCAACGUGUAUGCCGUCGGGAAGCACCUCACCAUCGCGGACUUGAGUCUCGUCUCCACCGUGUCCUAUCUGGAAGCUGCUGACAUCAGCCUGAAAGAAUACCCUAAUCUUUUGAAAUGGUACGAUCUAGUCAAAUCAUCGGCACCGCAAUAUAAAGAACUACUAGAAAGACCUAAAGCUCUACUGCGUAAGAGAAUCGAUCACAGGGUAAGCUACGCUGUUUCGGAAGACACGUUAAAUUGUGGGUCCCGGUUGCUAUUCAGACAUUUUGCCAGUCGUUACAGAUUCAAAAUGACGAUAGAUCUAUAUCAAUACCUCGCAUCCCCCCCAUGCACCACGGUGCGCCUGGUGGCUGCGGCUCUAGACCUCGACUUGAACAUCAUCGAUCUGAAAGUAGCUGGAGAACAACACAAAACAGAAUUCCUUAAGAUUAACCCUCAACACACUGCACCAACCAUAUCGGAUGACGGGUUCGCCUUGUGGGAGUCCCGAGCCAUCGCCAGGUACUUGGUCAACAAGUAUGGCAAAAACAGCACCCUGUACCCCACGGAUGUCAAACUCAGAGCUUUAGUCGACCAGAGACUUGACUUCGAUUUGGGAACCUUGUAUAGCAGAACGUUGCAGUAUAUCAUGCCUAAAUUCUCGGGAGCUCCCUUGGAUGAAUCACUGAAGAAGAAGUUUGAAGACGCACUGGCUGUGUUCGAGGCACUCCUGGCAGGCAGCGUCUAUGCCGUCGGAGACCACCUCACUAUUGCAGACCUUUGUUUCGCCUCCACCGUCUCCACGAUAGAAGCUUGUGACAUCAGCUUAAAAGAAUAUCCUAAUAUUUUAAAGUGGUAUGAUCUAGUAAAAUCGACGGCACCAAAAUAUGAAGAAGUGACUGGCAAAGCUUGUGAAGCACUCCGAGGAAUCGUGGCCGAGAAGACUAAAUAGGAGUCGUAAAGAUCCGCAACAGUACCAAGAUCUGUGCUUUAUAAUCAUAAUAAUUAUGUUAUACCUACGUUAUUAAAUAAAAUAGUGAUGUACACUUAA